CAUUAUCCAGUUAAAAUGGUGGCGGCUACCUACAUCCGGGGUUUUGCGAGUAGCGUGUAGUUAGGAAGUUGUCAUGCGCGAUGUCCAUCGCUUCUUCGCCAUCUCGAGUCUUCUAAAACCUCGCGUAGAAUUGGGAAACUAGCUACGCCAUCAACAUCGUUGAACUCGUCUUCCAAUGUAUUAUCAAAAACACACUGCAGAGAGGUUUUUGGACAGACUUCAGUUCCGCCAGCGUCGAGCUAGAGACUAACUUUAGCUACUGUUAGCGAAGUGGUAAGGUAAAUAACUUAACGCUGCCUGACUAUUUUUCAAAAGUUCUCUAAUUUCGUCGAUGUGUCCUCCCUCGCCACCUUCACGGGACUUUGAAGUCAUGUUGGGCGAAUCACUAAGUCACCCUAUUAAAAACAAUAAGCCAUCCGUUUUGACAUCCCACCAUGUCGGGGCCAGCCUAAGCAAACCAAAGCAAGCAAUGUUGAAGAAAGGUGGGAGAAAAUUGCGUUCGACAACGUUGGGGUUACAGCGGACACACCAGCAAAAACCGAUGAGGAUCAACCCCAUGCACCUGACAGACAACAAUGUCGCAGUUUCGAAAUCCCCAGUGCAGAGUGCCGAGUUCGCGACCAACCGGACCCAGGCGACUGCGUUGACCCUUCACAAUCGUAAGCAGGGAACAAAGAAAGAGCUACUGAAGUCAAAAAGUGGGAGAGUGGAGAGAGCCACAGGACCAGCAGGCCAGUCUGUCCACAACCUCAAUAGACACAAUCAAGAUGCCCAGAAUCUGAACACCCGGAGCCAUAGGAGUAGGCAUUCUAAUGCACCUGGCAAUGCUCUCUCAGUAAUGAAAAACCACAGCAGUUGCCACCAGAAGCCACCCUCUGCUACCUUCCAGCUCCUCUGUCGAGAGGAGAAGAAGUCCUUCAACUCAGCUGACAGUGCCAAAAUCGUGAAUGUAACCCCAGCUGAGCUUGUACCCGAGGAGGAGCUCAAAGACGGAGAGAAGAUCUAUGCUGGAGCUAAAUUCAGCGAGCCCCCGUCUCCAAGUGUCCUGCCCAAACCACCCAGUCACUGGGUUGGUGAAACUGUGCCCCAACAUUCCGACCACAGCCGUGAGAAAAUGACUUUUCAUUUGAAGUCUUUGCUGAAGGUUGAAGAUAAACCAUGAUCACAAUGGAUGGAAACCUGGAACGAUCCUUCUAUACCCGAUCAAUGACAACACAUUUGGCACUGAAAAACUGGACCGAUAACUUAACAGCAACCGAAUGUAAUGAGUUUUUGAUCUGUAAUACAAUUUCACAUAGUUUUGAGCAAGCAGGCUUGUUUUUAUUUGAUUUUUAAUGAACUUCUGUAAACAUGUAAAAUUACUAUAUUUUUCAUGUUAUUUUAACAGAAAGUAUAGUUUUGUUACUGAAGCCCAAAAUAAUGUUCACAAUGAAUGGGUGCACUUUUUUACUGUAAAUAAUGGGCUGCAUUUCCCAUUUUAAGGGGCAUUGAACGUAAGAAAACUUUACAAAUUUGCACAAAACUGACUGAAAAACAAAACAUGGGUCCCCAUAGCGGCGAGCAUAGAGUUGUGACGGUUUGGGGUUCUGUGAACCUCACCCCACCUGUUGUGGCUGCUAUUGCCCUCAAAGCACUGUAGAGGAUAGAAUUCUCUAGAAGGAAGAUUGUUUCACAACUCCUGUACUACAGUACACAUUUUCGUCCUGUAGUACAAAAAUAAUCUUGCCAGCUCAACGGCCGAUUGAGCUGGCUGGGUGGGCGAGAUUAAGAAGAUGGAGUGGCAAUGUGAAAGUCUCAGAAUCAGUGAUUACCUUUGAAGAGGACAACUGCUGCUGCAGAAAACAGACAUUCAGCACUGAGUGCUUAUUCUUUUAAAUCUAUAGCGCCGACUCAUUUCUGUUUUGUUUUUUUAAAUGCUUUGUGUUUUUAUUUCAUGUCUUUCAUUUUCCCAUCUAAAGCACAGAAUUAUAUUUACCCGAAGUGAUCUUGAUUAUUAUGUAACACCUUUGACCCUAGCUAACAGAUUGUAACGGACUAAUGUGAUAAGAUCCUGAUGCUCCAUUAGCUGUUACAGAUUAGGUACUGUUUGGCGUAACACAGAGAAUUUUUGACCAACCUUAACGUGGCGACACUUCCUCAAUUCCUGACAACCAGUGUCUUCUAAACAUCCAUGUCGAGUUGCAGGGGGUUUGUUUGAAUUUAGAAAGUGUGCCGUUAUUAAAUUUAUAUCAAUGUGUAUGCCACCAUCUUGUCUAUUUCAAAUCUUCUCUCAUUGACCAAGAUAGGUGAUUUGACCUCUGGAGGCAGGCAGCUGCUAGUUCGUGUUCCUUGACUCUUAGUGAUGUCACAAUGAUGAAAUUGUAUUACUGUACCGAAGAUCGACUCAUGUUGUUGCAAUUGUUAAAAGAAAAGUGAUUUUAGUCCAGUCACUAAAUUUGUAUUCAUGUUUUUUUUUAAACACCCCCCCCCCACAUGGUAAUUAGAGGGGAAAAAAACAUUUUUGGGGUGCAUUUAAUAUCUAAAUUGACAUUAAAAUAUUGUCUACCCCCAA